AUGGGGCCCGACCAUCCAGAUGGCGAGCCGAAGGCUUCUUCAGUGCUCUCGAAAUCGCGAGUCUUAUUCGUUAUUGCUCUCUUAUUAUUUCUGCUUUGCGUGACAUUCCUAUGCGCCGCUAUUUAUUAUUACAUCAAUUAUAAGGAAAGCUCCGAUGUGUGUCUUACACCAGGAUGUAUAAAAACCGCUUCUGUGAUAUUGUCCUCGAUGAACGCUUCCAUCGAUCCAUGCGACGACUUCUACGAGUUCGCGUGCGGACAAUGGAUUCGCGGCCAUCCGAUUCCCGACGACGCUCCGAGCGUCUCGAGCUUUGAGAACCUCGGCCAAGAUUUGGAGUUUGCGCUCAAAGAGCUUCUCGAGGAUCGCAAGCAAAAUUUCGAUUACAAAUUCGACGCCGUCGAAAAAGCGAAAUACUUCUAUUCGUUGUGUCUUAACGAAACUGAAAUUAUGGAAAAUUGGAGAACAACAUUUGACGAGGUCGUCAAGAGUUUUGGCGGAUGGCCAAGUCUUGGUCAUCCGAUGCUUCCUGGCGCAUCGAUUGAGAAGCUAUAUGCUGAUAUGGUCUCGAAAUUCAAAUCGGAUUCUCUAUUCAAAGCGACCGUUCAACCCGAUGAUAAGAAUUCUCAGCGACAUGUCCUAUUGCUGGAUCAACCACAGCUUAAUCUGUUUGCCCGCGAGUUCUAUGUUUCACCGGAGAAUGAAGAGCGAAAAGCUUAUUUGCAAUUGAUAAGAGACGUGCUUGUUCUACUGAAUGCCAAUCGCGAAUCGGCAACUUCCGAUGCUCUGGAGAUCAUCGCGUUCGAAACCGCACUUGCCAACAUAACAAUGGCUGAAGAGCAGCGGCAUGAUAUUGCUGAACUUUACACAAAAGUGACGUUGGGCGAGAUGAGGCGACAACUUCCGAAUUUCGAUUGGUAUACGUUUUUUAAUCACAUGUUCCAUGAUCUUGUUGAUAAGACCGGUACCCCGAUUCGCUUCAACGAUUCUACUGAAAUUGUGGUCUACGGGUUCGAGUUUUUGAAGCGACUCGAUCAAUUGUUGCCGAACCAUGAUAAAAGGCAAGUCAUCAAUUAUCUUGAAUGGUGCUGGUUCUUCAAGGCAAUGCUUCGCGAUCUACCUGACCCAUUUGCUCUAACAAUUUUCAAAUUCUACAAAUCCUUGAAUCUGAUGAACGUGCAGAAGGUGCGAUGGCAUGGCUGCGUCACCCGAAUCAACAGCUUGAUGCCGAUGGCAACAUCGGCGAUUUAUGUCAAAACCCAUUUUGAUCAUGAAGCGAAACAGCAGGUUGAGGAAAUGAUCUCUCUGAUAAUGGAAUCGUUUGUCGAUCUCCUUCUUUCGGAAGAUUGGCUGACAUCGGAAACGAAACAAUUCGCCAAACAGAAGGUAAAUGAAAUGAAACGUAAAAUUGGAUAUCCAGAUUAUUUGAAUAAUCCAAAAGAAGUCGAUGCGGAGUAUGCUUCGUUUACCGUGUAUCCAACCCAUUAUUACAAAACCAAAUUCAAUUUCUAUGAGCAAUAUCAAAAAGACGUUCUUGAGAGAAUUACGGAGCCGGUUGAUCGAGAAAGAUGGGUCGCUGGUGCAGCUCUCGUCAAUGCGUUCUACAGUCCAAAUACGAAUGAGAUCAUUUUUCCCGCCGGAAUCCUUCAACCCGUCUUUUAUAGCAAAGAUUUUCCAUCGUCGAUGAAUUUUGGCGGAAUUGGUGUCGUGAUUGGUCAUGAAAUUACUCAUGGAUUCGAUGAUAGAGGCCGCCUUUACGACAAUCUUGGUAAUAUUAGGCAAUGGUGGGAUAACGCGACAAUUUCCAAAUUUGAGCAUAAGGCCCAGUGCAUUGAGAAGCAGUACUCGAGCUAUGUCCUUGAGCAGAUCAAUAUGCAGAUAAAUGGAAAAUCGACGAAAGGUGAAAACAUUGCCGAUAAUGGAGGGCUCAAGCAGGCUUACAAAGCCUAUAAAAAGUAUGAGCAGAUGCACAACACACCUCCGCGACUACCAGGCGUCAAUCUAACUCACGAUCAGUUGUUUUUCCUCAACUACGCUCAGAUUUGGUGUGGGACCAUGAACGAUAAAGAAGCAGUGAGAAAGUUGCGCACGUCUGAACACUCGCCGGGCCCGAUUCGCGUCAAAGGUCCACUAUCGAACAGUUUGGAUUUCGCGCGAGCCUAUCACUGUGCUCCAGGAACCCCAAUGAAUCCCGAUUAUCCAGCAAUGGAUCCUAACAUUCAAUUCGAGUUGCUCGCGGCGAAGCGAGGCGAUGGAUUCGGUUGGAACGAUUGCGAGUUCUCGCCGCUCAGCUGUCUUCUUCGCAAGCGACGUAGCGCGAUGUGA